AAAAAAGAGAGGAAAGAGAGAAGGGAAGAGAGGGAGGCACCGACCGCACUGCAACCCAGGAACCUUGCCCCUGCCUGACCAGUAACCUGGCAGGAGAAGGCGGCUGGCUCCCCAGCUUGUCACUGGGAUGUGAGCCGGGCGGGGGCUGCCGGCCGCUUAACAGCCGCGGUAUUCUAUACGUUUCUUCGCCCGUAUACAUCUCCCCGCACCCUCAGAGCGCGGCUCCACGCUGCCCGCAGCCAUGAGACUCCAGCUGCUCCUUUGCAUCGUGUUUUUCCUGCUGGCGAGCCUCCUCCGCGCCGGCGGGCAGAGGCCGGCCAACCUGGCCCUGCGCAGGAAGCUCCACCGGCACGGCUGCUCCCACCGGCGCUGCAUGCCGCUCCACUCCCGGGUGCCCUUCCCCUGAGACAGCAAUUUCAUAAUGGGCUUUUCAGUGUUUUAAAGGAGAAACAAUUAAACUGAUGGAGAAGUUAGUCAGAAGUCCAGACCGACAGCAGCUGACUGAUAGAGCCACCACAGCCCCAUCUUGGCAGUCCUGACUGCCACCUUCUGCAAGACCUGGAACAAAGGCUGUUGGCUCACACCCCAGGGAGGGAGGGAGGGAGAAGAAACGGAGGGUGGUGAUGGGGGGAUGAACAUGAAACUCAUCUGGCUGAAAAAUUCCCUAUCAGUUCUUUGGCUCUCAUAAUGACCAGUGAAAGUUAAAAGACCAAAUCAAACACCAGGUGCCUGAGAUGGAUUUGCAGUGACAUUAAGAAGGAUCUGUCAGAGGGGACUCUUAAUGGUCUGUUCUGUUCAGACUGAGAGAAGUUGGACGUGCUGUUGACUAUUCAAUGUAGGCUGUGUGCAAAGCAGUAUUUACAGUAAAAUACAUCAGAAUCCAGCACAGAACUGUGAAGUCCAUUUUCAGUUUAUACUUUUUAAUAUUCAUAAUAAAUAUAUAUAUGUUUUAACAGCUAACAUUACAUCUUUAUGGAAUUACCUUAAUAAUAACGUAGAAUGUAUAACUGUAAUAGUACCAAAGUUAGCACCACAUUAGUGGUCCUACUGGCUUCAUGUAUAGUAAGCACAGUAGGGGUUUUACAAUAUAAGCAAGCAAAGACAGUAUUAUCCCUCAUUCUGUAGAUAGAGAAUUGAAGCACACAGAGAUAAGAGAUUAGCCAAGGGUCAUGCAAAACUGAUAACUCGGACCCCUCAAGUCAGGCCUUAAGGUCAAGCCCAUCCUCCUGCCUAAUGAGCUGUUACUGCCAAGACUAUCAUUUGUUUUCUUAAACUGGGCUGCCAAACCAGACAGUUAAACAUACUUGAAAAUUCAGUACUAUAGACCUAUUUGCUUAAUAGUAGUUUUCCUAAAAUACCCGCUACAGUAUUAUGAAUAGAGCAUAAAAAUAGACCAUUGAAAAGGAACCUUUGUUUGGUCAACCCCAGUGUUAGGUAGUACUCUAUUCCUGUAAUUAGAAUGAAUGGGAUAUUUGGAACACAGCUCUACAAUGAAUGAGAACUUCAAACAGAAAAUGGGCUGUUCUUUUCAGCACUGGAGGUCAAGAACACAUUGAGCUUGUAUUUUAUGUUUUGUUUUUAAAAAUAUACGUUUCACAUCUUUUUAUAUCAGCAGAAAUUGCAAACCUCCAUAUAAAGGAAAACACAUUGGCCCUUUCAUUAGCAGAACUAAACCAAAUCUGAAAAUGUCAUACACAGACUUUUAAGUCAUUGCACUAGUCUGGAAAGCUCGAACAUUUUUUGUAAAUUGUAUAAAGAUAAGUGAAGAUCAGCAGUGUCAUGGUUUAAAUCCAGUAUUAGAAUUUUGUCUUCCAACACAUAGUUUCUAGUAAGUGAAAAAGCAGCAAUCAAGAACACUAGAAGACAAAACUUUCUAAGAACUUGAA